GUCUUGACUGAGUAAACUUAUUCCCUUUGUCUUUCACAGAAAAAGUCCAAGAAAAUAUAGGCUCAGGUUUUAUAGAAAAAUCAAAACUGAUCCAAUCAAAGUAGAUUUACAGGAAUGUAUACUCAUCCUCUAAAACCUCAUUUUCUUAUUUAGAGAAAUCAUUUUUCUAGGUCCUAGAAAGGUAAAUUCCUGGUACACAAAAAAUAGAUGAUUGGGAACUAAGCUUUCUUAGCUGACUUAAGAAUCUUCUGCAGAAUUUCUGUGAAAUUCUUAACUAUUGACUUACGAAGACUUUAUGUCUAAAUAGUAACUGCAAUGUUUAUUUUUUUAAAUGGAAUAUGUUUAAAAAGACUCCAGGAAAACAUUUUUAAAGUUAUUAUUGGAUGGGAGGAAUAUGGGGCGGAGUUGGCCUUAGAGAAAUUAUAGCAGCGUUAGUAAAAAGGAUUUUAAAAAGCACAUGCUGGGCUCAAGUCAGUAUAGCUCCAAAAGACAGGACUGAGCAAGAAGGAUCAGAAAGACAAGAUGAACGAUGUGAAGCUUGCUGUCUUGGGUGGCGAAGGAACAGGCAAAUCUGCACUUACAGUAAGGUUUCUUACCAAGCGAUUCAUUGGAGAAUAUGCUUCUAAUUUUGAAUCUGUCUAUAGUAAGCAUUUGUAUUUGGAAGGGAAGCAACUGAACCUAGAAAUAUAUGACCCUUGUUCUCAACCAAAGAAAGCAAAAUUUUCCCUCACAAGUGAACUGCAUUGGGCAGAUGGGUUUGUUAUUGUGUAUGACAUCAGUGACAGGUCCUCAUUUGCUUUUGCAAAAGCACUGGUCUACAGAAUUCGGGAGCCACAAACUAGUCAUUGUAAAAGAGCUGUGGAAUCAGCAGUGCUUUUGGUUGGUAACAAGCAAGAUCUCUGUCACGUGCGAGAGGUUGGCUGGGAAGAAGGGCAAAAGCUGGCAUUGGAUAACCGCUGCCAAUUCUGUGAAUUAUCUGCAGCAGAGCAGUGUCUGGAGGUAGAGAUGAUGUUUAUCAGAAUUAUCAAGGACAUCCUGACAAACUUCAAACUCAAAGAAAAGAGAAGACCCAGUGGAUCUAAAUCAAUGGCUAAACUGAUCAAUAAUGUAUUUGGAAAGAGACGGAAAUCUGUUUAGCAGACAUGUAAUCCUAGGGGAUUUAUUAUAUCAGAGAGUUUUAAAUAUUCACAUGAUAAUGAAAUUUGCCCUUUGUAUGCAUUAAAAAAAUAGUUCUCUUAGAGAUAUGAACUGACUGAACAUAAACCACAGCUGUGUUUUCAAAUAUAUAGCUUGCCGUUUGGUUGUUUGUAUCUUGUACACUCAUGCUUCACACCCAGCCUUUUCCUUAUUACACAAAAUGGCACUCACUAUAACUUACCAAUGCAUUGCUGUAUAGUUUGCUUGUAUAACUGCCUAAUGAUUUUAUUAAACUACCUCCACAGGCCUCAGUUUACUUUUAUUAUAUUUAUUUCUUUGAAAGAAAUAUGUAGUUAUAUUUCAUCAAGUUGGUAGAAAUGCAUGAAUUUAAUUUUUAAAGUGCCUUUCCAGUAACUCAGUGAGUUCUUGAUAUCGUUUACAUCUUGAUAUUACUUAUUGCUCAUACUACUUAUUUCACUUAUAAUUUAGACCUUAAGAAGUUGAAUUCUCUGCCUGUAAGUAUAGUUUGUAUUUGGUCUGAUAAUGAAAAAUUCUGCCUUCCAUGUAAUCCAUAUAAGAAGGGUAGUUAGCACAAAUUAAGUUAUACAGCUAAGAUCCUUUUCAUAUAAAAAGG